AUGCAACCACGGCGCUCUGGGCCGCUUCAAAGACACGACUGCGAACUUGGAGAACAGCCAAGGAUUCACAGGGAGCCAUUCGUCGAACAUGCAACUGCAACUGCCAUAGAAGCUCCUCCCGGCUUCGACGAGUGGAGUAUCAGCAGUUUGACAAAGUAUGCGUGCACCUUCGUGCAAAUAAAGGCCUCCUGCGUCAAGGCAAGCGCUUUUAGCAUGGAGUGCAAGCUCUACAAAUCCGUAGAUAUCACCUACCCAGUCGCAGGCAAGCACAACGGCAUGCUCAUCUUCGUGCGCGUCAAAUACAUUCGUUGCGCAAAGGCAUGCUCUCAGGCACAGUAG